AGUUUUUCUACUCCAUCGAGAGAGACUAUUUUUUGAAUAAAAAGUUCCGGGAUUGUUGUCAUAUCCCCACAAACUGAUAAGAUAUCUCACCGAUAUCUUGAGAGUGACUAGUCAGAGCAGAGAGUAUCAAGGUGAGCUCUUGGAGAAUUUCACCGGCAAACAGUUGAAUUGCAAAAGUGUUCGAAGGCUGAUGCAAAAUGCUCAGCUGUCUUGUAAAUUAUUUGGUGAGUUUUGUGUUCUCAAAAUGGAGCGUCGUGACGGCAAUUUUAGGCUAUCUUGCCUACAAGUGGGGCACCUCAAAUUACGAUACAUUUGAGAAGCGUGGCGUGAAGUUUAUUCCCCCACUUCCCUUCCUUGGGAAUUUUAAGGAUCUUGUCUUUCAAACUAAAUCCUUAUUGGACUUGACCCAUGAGCUCUACAGAUAUUUUCCCAAUGAAAAGUUGCUCGGAACGUAUGAAUUUCGUACUCCGGUCUUCAUGAUUCGUGAUCCUCUUUUAAUUAAGCAAUUGGGUGUGAAGGAUUUUGACUACUUCCUGGAUCAUCGUAUUGAUUUGCGUGAGGAUGUGGAGCCACUUUUUGGAAGAAAUCUCUUUUCGCUCAAAGGUCAACGAUGGCGGGAAAUGCGAUCAACUCUCAGCCCCGCCUUUACGGGGAGUAAAAUGCGACAAAUGUUCCAACUUGUGUCGGAAUGUUGCAACGAUACUGUAAAUUACCUGGAGAAGGAAGCAAAAGACGGUAAACCAAUCCUCACUGAUAUGAAGGAUCUCUUUACAAGAUUUACAAAUGAUCUUAUCGCAACAAGUGCCUUUGGACUCAAAGUUGAUUCACUCAACGAUAGAGAGAAUGAAUUUUACACAUUUGGCAAAUCUGUGACUGAUAUCGGUGCUCUACGAGGUUUCUGUUUCUUCCUUGCUAUUCAUUUUCCAAACUUAUUCAAGGCUCUCGGUAUGAGUGUUUUCCAAAAAGAGUUCACAGACUUCUUUAGAAAUCUCGUUUGGGAUACAAUUCGUCGCAGAGAGAAGGAGAAUAUCAUUCGUCCCGAUAUGAUUAAUUUGCUCAUUCAGGCUCGCAGGGGACAGCUUGGUCAUGAGAAGGAAGAAGUUGAUAAAGAAGGAUACGCCGUUGUACAGGAAACUCGCGUUGGGGAAGCAAUCCACGAAAGCAAACUCGUGGAAGAUGAUUUAACAGCCCAAUGUUUGAUAUUCUUCUUUGCUGGCUUCGAUACAGCCAGCACCUGCAUGUGUUUUACUGCCCAUGAAUUAGCCGUAAAUCCUGAUGUACAAAUGAAAUUAAUUGAAGAAGUAGAUGCAAUGAAAGAACAACUUGGUGGGAAAGCUCUAACUUACGAAGCUCUCCAAAAUAUGAUCUACCUCGACAUGGUGAUAUCCGAAAGUCUGCGAUACUGGCCACCAGCCGUUGCAACUGAUCGUAAAUGUGUUAAACCAUACAGAAUUAAGGUCGAUGACAUUGAUUGCGAAGUGAAGGUUGGAGAAGGAGUUAUCUUCCCAAUUGUUAGUCUUCAUCAUGAUCCUCAGUACUUCCCUGAUCCAUCCCGAUUUGAUCCUGAACGCUUCAGCGAGGAGAAUAAGAAUAAAAUUAAGCCAUUUACGUAUCUUCCCUUUGGAGUAGGACCCAGGGCCUGUAUUGGAUCGAGAUUUGCAUUGAUGGAAACUAAGGCCAUCAUUUACUACAUUUUAACAAAGUUUACCUUUGAGAUUAGUGAGAAAACUCAAAUUCCUUUGAAAAUGGGUAAAUCGGUCUUUACGGCUAAGCCAGAGAAAGGAUUUUGGCUGAAUUUAAAACCAAGGAAUACUGAUCUUGUAACUGUUGGUGUUGAAAAAAAAAUGAUUAGUUACGCAAUAAGCUUGUUGGUUGGGUUUGUCUUCUCAAAAUGGGGUGCCGCGGUGGCUGCUCUUGUGUACGUUGCGUACAAAUGGAGUAUUUCCCCCUUUGAUACGUGGGAGAAAAGGGGUGUGAAAAGCAUUCCACCUGUGCCAUUCUUUGGAAACUUCAAAGAAGUUCUUCUGCAAACGAAGACAUUCAAUGAUGCCACAAAUGAGCAGUACAACUACUUUCCUAAUGAACAAGUUUUUGGCAUAUAUCAGCUUCGUCAGCCAUUGCUAAUGAUCCGCGACCCGGAAAUAAUUAAGCAAGUUGGCGUUAAAGAUUUUGAUCAUUUCCUCGAUCAUCGUGUUAACAUGGAUGAGGAUCAUGAACCACUAUUUGGGCGCAACUUAUUCUCCCUCAAAGGUCAACGAUGGCGCGAUAUGCGAGCAACCCUCAGCCCUGCUUUCACAGGAAGCAAAAUGCGAACAAUGUUUCAAUUGGUGUCUGAUUGCUGCAACGAUGCCCUGAAAUACCUUGAUAAGGAAGCCAACAAUGGACGACCAGUUCAAGUUGAAUUGAAAGACUUCUUCACAAGGGUUACCAAUGACGUCAUCGCAACGUGCGCCUUUGGGAUCAAAGUUGAUUCCCUCAAUGACAGGGACAAUGAAUUUUACCUCGCAGGAAAGAAGGCAACAGAUUUCUCUGGACUACGCAGCCUCACCUUCUUCCUUUUGGUGCAAUUCCCUAAAAUGAUGAAGUUUUUGAAUAUUAAACUUUUCAACGAUAAAUUUGCCAAUUUCUUCAGAAGUCUUGUAUGGGAUACAAUCAAUCAGAGGGAACGUGAGAAUAUUAUUCGCCCAGAUAUGAUAAAUCUUCUUAUUCAAGCUCGCAAAGGAAAGCUUCGCUAUGAAGAGGGUGAAGCUGAGAAAGAUGGCUAUGCCACUGUGUUGGAGACUAAAGUUGGUGAAGCAAUUCAUCAGAGCAGACUCCAGGACGAUGAUCUAACAGCUCAGUGCUUGAUCUUCUUCCUGGCUGGAUUUGAUACAGUUAGUACAUGCAUGUGCUUCACUGGACAUGAGCUAGCAGUUAACCCCGAUGUACAGAAGAAACUUCUAGCUGAAGUUGAUGCGAUAAAAGAGCAGCUCGGAGGGAAGCCCCUGACUUAUGAAGCUCUGCAGAGUAUGACUUAUCUCGACAUGGUUAUCUCUGAGAGUCUACGAUACUGGCCACCAGCCGUUGCAACUGAUCGUCAGUGCGUCAAACCCUACACAAUUAAGGCGGAUAAUGUGAAUUUUGAAAUGAAGGCUGGAGAGGGAAUUUUCAUUCCUAUCGUGAGUCUUCAUCAUGAUCCUCAGUACUUCCCGAAUCCAUCCCGCUUCGAUCCUGAACGAUUCAGUGAAGAGAGAAAGAAUGAAAUUAAACCAUUCACGUAUCUUCCUUUCGGAGUUGGACCCAGGAAUUGUAUUGGAUCGAGAUUUGCAUUGAUGGAAACUAAGGCCAUCAUUUACUACAUCUUGACCAAGUUUACCUUUGAGAUUAGCGAGAAAACUCAAAUUCCACUAAAGCUUGCUAAAUCUGGCUUUUCUCUAAAGGCAGAGAGAGGUUUUUGGGUUAAUCUUAAACCAAGAACUGCAUAAACUUUUUUUUAAAGAAAUUAUAUAACUUAAAUGGUUGUGCGGUGAUAAAUUACCGAGCCAGUAUGAAUUUUUAAAGCAAUUAUUGUUUAAUUUUAAACUGAAACGGGUAGAUUUUAUUAUAAAAAUGAAUUUUUCAAGUAUUAAAAAUAAAAUGAUUUUAAGAAUUGAA